UUGCGGUGUGUGGAAGUGUUAGCCACUAUUACAUUAAUAGCAGUUGUGAGUGUGAAUGUGAAAGUGUUUGUAUUGCUAACCAGAAUGCAAAUGUGAAUGCAUCCUUCUCAGUGUGACCCUGGCAGGAGUUGUUUCAGGCAGGUUUAACGUUAGUGCAGUGGAUGAUCUCUUUCUGUGGAUUAAAAGGGAAGUCGGUCCAGGUGAACGGAACGCGUCAUGUUCGGUCAGUUCCGUGUUCUGGACCUUCUGCUGGUGUUGUGAUGGCAGACUAAAGCUGUGGGACUGGUCAAGCAUGUACUAGUUAAACCUUGAUGCCACGUCAUCUUACACUAUAACUAAAACCACUACUUUACCUCAGACAAGCGCACGAGGACCAGUCGUGUAAGUCUUUGCGUUUCUUAAGGAUUCUGUAAAAAAAAAAAGUUGUAUAAUUAUUUAAACUAAUAAAAUGUAGCGUGCGAAUGUAAUGUAAAAUUAAAAAAAAUGUUAUAGUAAUGAGUAUUUUAAUUUAGGGAAUUUCCCAGCACACACACAUUUGUAUGAAACGCAUAUUCAAGGACCAGAACCAGUGUUUUUAUUGCUUUAUAAAAUGUAGAACUAUUAAAAAUAAAUUUUAGUUAAUUGAAAUAAUGCCAGAAUAAAGUCAAAUAGAAAACUUGUACCAAAAAAAAAAAAACGUAGCCUAAAAGAAAAUUAGAAAUGUUGACUUGCUAACUAAAUGAAAGAUUAUUAAGGAAAAUUAAAUAAAACUAAACCCCUUUAAACAUCUUAAAUAAAACAAAAUAAAAUAAGCUAGUUAGAAGGUAAUAAAACUGUGCAUAACUAGUAAAUAGAAUUACUAAAACCUAAAAUGAAAACUGAAAAUAUAAAAAUGGGGGGGUGAUGUAGAAACAAUUUUGCUACUAGUAAAGUUGAUAAAUAAUUACACAUUGAAUUGAGCAUGAAAUAAUGAAGUACUGAAACACUGAAAUAGUAUUUUCUUGUAAAACGCACUCCAAUAAUCCUUGUUUUAUUUACAAUGUCGAACAAUCAUUUUUACACUGUAUAUCAAUUUAAGAAGUUUCUGAAAUCUGUAAUUUUCGGUUGGUUCCCAUUGUUUUAUUUCGGUAACCAUAACUGUAGAAAAGCUAUAACAAUAAUUAUGGUUCCCAUAGUGCAUUUUAGUAGGAAAAUGUCAUUGUAAUUCUUCAUUUCAGCCUAACAUUUCUAAUUGAGGAACUGUUGAGAACUGUAAAACAACUGAACUUCCAUCUUUAUAAGGAAGUGACUGAACCUUUCAGGGUGUCACACGUGUAAAUGCAAGCAAAGCAGGGUGUUAAAAGUACUUUGGAGCGUUAACUGGCAGUGCUGGCUCUUUGCAUGGGUACAAUACUUCCCUCCCUUUUCCUUUCUCCUCCCCUCCCCUUUGGCUCAUCUGUUUCUUGCUGAUCAGCUCCUUGUGAAAAGUUGGGGAAGAGACGUGGAAACAUAGUCUUCUCUGUGUCCAGCAUUUUCCUCACUGCGGUCCCUUGUGUGGUGUCACUGGACCAUGGUUCGCAAGAAAGGAUCUCUUAUUUUGUGUGGAGCGUUUCUAUUUGUCGCCUGGAACGCCUUGCUUCUCCUCUUCUUAUGGGGGAGGCCUCCCAUUGGCCGACUUGGUGAGGGAGGCGGAGCUGAACCAGGGGCUGGAGAGGAGUGGGGAGGCGGAAAAGUAAAAGUGGGUGGAGCUAGCGGAUUGGCUGGCGAAGUGAUCAGAUUGGCCGAAGAAGUAGAAUCAGAACUGGAGACUCAGAAGAAACUUCUCAAACAGAUACAGACUCACAGGGAACUAUGGGAACAGCGGAAAGAACUGGGAAAGAGGGAAUCCGAGGACACAAAAGAUGAAAAGAACGUUGAGGAGCCUAAAAAACCUCAGCAGAUUCCUGCAGUACCUAUAAGUCAUAAAAUUGUAGAUGAUACAAAAACUGUUACAGAAAAACAUGAAGUUCUAAUGGUCACGCCACCUCGGCUGGUCAUGAAGGAGCAGGAACAGGAACAAGAGGACAAGAAAAUGGCCGAAAAUGAAGAAGGCCGUACUAAGCCAAGCCCUCAAAUCAUUAUCCCAAUUCUCGUCAUUGCCUGUGACAGAGUAACAGUGAAGAGAAGUUUGGAUAAACUCAUACAGUACCGUCCUUCUGCUGAGCUUCACCCAAUCAUUGUCAGCCAGGACUGUGGUCAUGCAGAUACGGCAAGGGUGAUUGGCUCCUAUGGCAGUCAGAUAACCCACAUUAGCCAACCGGAUCUCGCGGACAUUCCAGUGCGACCCGAUCACAGGAAGUUCCAGGGUUACUACAAGAUCGCCAGGCACUACCGUUGGGCCCUAAACCAAGUGUUCAACGUCUUUGCUUACUCCACAGUGGUCAUUGUGGAGGAUGACCUGGAGGUGGCCCCUGACUUUUUUGAGUAUUUCCGUGCGCUCUACCCCAUCUUGCGAUCGGAUCCAACUCUGUGGUGCAUUUCCGCCUGGAACGAUAAUGGACGGGAUGGGUUGGUCGACCCGGGCAAGGCUGACCUCCUUUACCGGACAGAUUUCUUUCCCGGCCUUGGAUGGAUGCUUUUGAAGGAAGUCUGGGCAGAGCUGGAGCCCAAGUGGCCCAAGGCAUUCUGGGACGACUGGAUGCGGCAACCAGAGCAGCGGAAGGACCGCUCGUGCAUUCGUCCUGAGGUCUCGAGGACUAUAACGUUCGGCCGGAAAGGUGUCAGUUUGGGUCAAUUUUUUGACCAGUAUCUGCGCUACAUAAAACUCAAUACUGAAUUCGUGCCUUUCACUAAACUGGACUUGUCCUACUUGGUCAGGGAGAAGUAUGAUGAAACCUUUGAAAAUGAAGUGUAUAGCGCCCCCUUGGUGAAGGUGGAGGAACUACAUCAAGGUGGAAGCCUGAAAGGCUCCGGGCCGUUUCGAGUUCAGUACUCCAGCAGAGACAGCUUUAAAGUGCUGGCCCGCAACUUGGGAGUUAUGGAUGACUUAAAGUCAGGGGUUCCCCGUGCCGGUUACAGGGGCGUAGUCAGCUUUAUUUCCCGCGGACGAAGAAUUUAUCUGGCUCCCCCUGAGGGCUGGACUAAAUAUGACACCAGCUGGAGCUGAGGAGGAUGAGCUUUGGACCACAAUAGACCAGAAAGAGAAAACUCACAACUAUUAUUACAAGUACAGGAGGAGAGAAACGCCCUCUCAAACCAAAGAAAACCGAGGCAGGGUGUGAUAGGUUGAGGAAAGGUUGCGAGUAUAAAAUAACUGCUGUUUUGUUAUGGAGGAACACCCAGGAAUGCUGGGAACAGCACAAAAGUUGAUGCAUCGUGUUUGCGCAGCAAUCAUGCAACAAUCUUCCCUCAGAGAAAACAGAGUUACGCUGCAAACAGCUCCUAUGCAGAAUCGCUCAUUCUGACAUGGAGAAAAAUGAUCUGAUUGUUUGUUUUUCCUUAUUUAAACGUACUGACCUUUAUGUUGAUUUCACAUCAAUCCAAAAGGCAUAUAAGAGGUUUUAUAUUUUAUCCUACCACAGUGUCUUUUGGGUGAAUCUCACGAUAACACUCAAUGGAAGAAAUUAUAUUUGCAUAUAUGCAGAAAAACUGACUUUUUUUUGUUUGUUUUUUACAUUUUCAUUGCAAAAUCAUUUUUUCCUUAAAUUAUCUUUAAGGAAUCUGACCAUUUUACAUUUUUUGUAAUUUUCAUUAUUCUCAGUGAUGAUUUUAAUUAUAACAGGAAUUACCGUAUAAUUAAUAUAUAGUAUUACUGUAAUAAUAUUUUAUUAUAUAUAUAUAUAUAUAUAUAUAUAUAUAAUUAAUAGUUUUAUUAUUAUGUGCUUAAUUUUAAUACAAUUUUUUGCUUAAAAAUGUGUUCUUGACCAGAGAUUCAGCCUUUUAAAGACCAAUCUGAGUGUUAAAAGCCCUUUUGCCAAGUUUUAUGAGUCCCUGACAUAAUUAUAAAAGAAGAUUGUGUAUAAUUGUUGUCUAAUUUGAUUGAUGCAUUCAUAUAAAAGUGCAGACUCCUUCAUUUGGCUUUUAUGUAGCACCGUUGAAUCUAUGAAGUUCAAGCUUGUUGCCAGAAAUUAUUCAAAGCUCGUGUAACGGACAUACCAAAACUCUGGACAGCAUCUCUUUUGUGCCAUUCUGUUGAAGUACUGUACUUGAACCUGUUUUUGUUUUAACUGCUCUUCCUCGACCGGGAGAGCUCUCAUUGCUUUUUAAAGAUGUUGUAGGUUUGUUGCAAAACCAGUGGUCAUAGAAAUCGCUUUAUAUGUUCUUACGGAUGAAAUGAAUGGAUUUCAGUAGGCCAGAGGAAACAUUUUAAUUAAAUGUACUGUAUCUAAAUGUUUGGGAGAGAAAUGAUCUGAUAGUAAUGCAUAUGCAGUAUGAAGAAGUGUGAAACCACUGCCUGACAUGUUUAUAACUUUAAUACAUUGAGAAUAAAACAGACUAUUUUGA